AUGUUGUCUUCAAGGAGUGGCUUCCGGUUGUGCUCGGAUGUGAGGCUAUGGCGAAAUACGACUUAUGCCAAAAAGAGUGGCUACUCUCACAGUUACGAUGCCCACUGUGACCCGACGAUUUCACAGGAAAUGUCGACAGCAGCUUUUCGAUUCGGCCACACUUUAAUUCGGGCGAAAUUCCCUCGCAUGAGCGACACUUUCCGAAACAUGACCGAAGCAGUUGAACUGAAAGACCAUUUCUCGGACCCAUCUCCACUCUACGAACGAGAAGUUGGCCAUUUAGAGUCAAUGCUCAUGGGCCUAGUAGGCUCUGAAAGUAUGGCGUUCGAUCGUCACAUCACGAACGCCGUGCGAAAUCAUCUGUUUGCGAAGCCUGGCGGUCCAUUAACAGGAAUAGAUCUACCGGCUGUGAACAUCCAGCGCGGCAGGGACCACGGAGUACAACCGUACAACAAGUACAGGGCGCUGUGUGGACUACGAACUGCUCAGAGCUUCGACGAUCUUCGCUCUACAAUGGACGACUCCGCAGUGGAAGCUUUGAGAAAGGUGUAUGAACAUGUGGACGAUAUCGACCUCUUCCCUGGCAUCAUGAGUGAGCGACCAGUGAAGGGUGCACUAGUUGGGCCAACACUUGCGUGUAUAAUCGGUGAACAAAUGCAACGGCUAAAGAAAUGUGAUCGUUUCUAUUACGAAAAUGGUGACCCUGCAGUACGUUUUACACCAGGUAAAAGCCUUUUCAAGUCUGCAAACGGUGGACAGCUGAAGGCGGAAGAGCGAAUUUCCCUGCUCCUUCAUGCA